UAACAAAGACCUGAUUAUUUUAUUAUUAUUAUUUUUCCAAAGUGAAGUAGCUAUCAGAAGUCGACUUCAAUCUGCAAAACUUCCACAAGGAGACUCACUGACUCAAGAACAAAAUAAUUUCAUCCACAAGCAUUGGUCAAUAAUGUCACUUUCCAACUCCAUUUCUUCCUUAUUAUUGUUUCUUAGUCUUCUUAAUUUCACCGCUCCUUCAUUCUUGUUUCUCAACUAGAGGUGUAAGCCGGACAUCUUUGCUUGCAAGCUCCUCGAGUUCAUCUUGAUUACACCCAACCUCUAAUCUUGCUGCCUGUUUUCUGUUUUCUGAUUCCUCAUUUUCUUGCAACUUGUUACAUCGGUUGGUCCAAACAAAACAUCUUUGCUUGUAAACUACUAGGGACAAUUCCGGGUUCUUCGAUAACUAUCUGUCAACUGGCUUGCAGAUAGAAGCCGCAACAGUGGUGGGGCAAUUAAUGAGGAAGUUGUUCCAAUUCAUUUUCUACAUUCAGUUGAUAUUAAUCUCCAUCUUGGUAAUCGUCUUAACCAUCCGUGGCUUUGUCUAUGCCGCUAGAAGUACCAACCAUUUCCGCCCCGAGAAAUGGUACCCUCCACUUCUGGGUUCAGCGGCUUCUGCCGGAAUUGUUUCUUACCUAUGGGAAUGGAUCUCUUUUCAUGAUCCAUCAAGAGCUAUCAAAAUAGCCUUUUGCGUUGGCCCCUUGUUAACAUGUGCGGUUGGUAUUCUCCAUAUAUUGAUCGGAUGUCCCAUAAGUUUAGCAAUCGGCACAAUCGCAAUCAUUUCCAGUGUGAUCCAAUCCCUCUAUACUUGUUGGGUGAAACCCAGAUUUGAUUACGCAACCAAGAUCCUAACAGUUUCCACAUCCUUUCCUCCUGAUAAAACUGCUACAUUUGUGAUCCUAUCCAUCAUAACCUGCCUAGUGUACUCAUCUUUCUUGGUGACUGGAAUUGGGGGAGCAACCGCAGCUGGGACUGGCUUAGACAUCUUGUUCAUCAUAGUAAUCCUGCUUACCUACACAUGGACUAUGCAAGUUAUCAGGAACAUGUUGUACGUUACCAUCUCACGAGUCAGAUACAUGAAUUUUGCUUGUGGAGCUGAUAUGAAUACUUGGAUUGCUUUCCGAGACACGGUCCAGCAUUUGGUAGGAAGAGUAUGCAUAGGCUCAGCUGUUGUUCCGGUUAUUGGAACCAUUUGGGGCUCGGCCAGAGCUAUGAAAUCAGUUGUGGGGGGCACAGACGAGUUUUUGUUCUCUUGCGCUGACUGUUACUCGAGACUUGCUUCAACUCUUAUAACAUACGGGAACCGCUGGGGCUUUGUUCAUGUCGGGGUUUAUAACAAAGGUUUCAUGCAGGCAUCGGCUGAUACCUGGGGAGCGUUUAAAACAGCAGAACUGAUACCGUUGAUUGAUUCUGACCUCACUGGGGCGUUCUGUUUCUUCUCUGGGGUUGCAGUCGGUUCGAUAUGCACCCUUGUAGGAGGAACAUGGGCGCUCGCCAUUCAUAAGAGCUAUGCUACAGAAGUGUCCAUCUAUGCAUUUUUCAUUGGCUAUUUCAUCUGUCGAGUCGCAUUGGCCUGGCAACAAGCAUGUGUUUCAGCUUAUUAUGUUGCUUAUGCUGAGAACCCUCAAAGCCUCCAGUUCGAUGCAACGAUCCCAGUUCGCAUUCAAGAGCUUCUUCAAAGAUAUAAUGUUUAGUGGUUAAUUGGAAGCCAUAGAAAGAGCAGCUGAGAAAUUAAUCAAAGGAAUUCAUUGUUCAGAAUACAGAAAGUACACUGCUGAAAAUACCAACAUAUGAGAAAACUUACAAUUUUGGCGAGCCUGUCUGGUUUUGAGAAUUCCGCUUCUCUGUAAAUUAUACGCAUUACUGUUGUAUAUUUGUAGCAUCAUUUAAGAUGAACUAAAUUUCAAAUAAAAUAUCUUUCUCGUUUGUUUGCUUCAGCAAAA